AUGUUUAAUCCUUAAAUAGAUAGUACUGAAAAUAGUAAUGAAAACAAAGAAAUAAAAAAAUAAAGACAUCCUAUAAUAAUUUGUUAUGAUAGUACGACAAAAUUACCUAUCGAUUUAAAAUAAGUCUCAUACAUAGUUAAUAUUUAAUCUGGUUUAGCAGUGGUUCAAAUAUUCCAAAUCUAUUCAACAGAAUAAAACAAAGAUUAACGUGAAUUAGAAUACCUAUUUACAAUAGAUUAAGACUCUGCUGUAACUAAGAUGAUUGUUGAAAUUGGAGAUUAAAAGAUUUAUGGAAUAAUAAAAGAAUUAGAAGAGUCAAAAAAAAAAUAUAAAAAGGGAAUAAAAGAAAGAAAGAUUAUAGUGUUAAGUGAAGAAGAUUAAGAAAUAUCAAAUAUAAAAAAAGUAAAAAUUGGUUGCUUGAGUCCUGGUAAAUCGUUAAAAAUUUAAUUUGAGUACAUCUAACCUUUAUAGGUGUAUCUAAACUAAUUUUGGAAAUUAGAAUUGUCUCCAUUGGUAGAUAUAAGUUAUCUCACAGUUAAUGGAUUAAAGAAAACUUAUUAAGGUUAUGCUUAAUAAUAUGCUUUUGUGAAACAUCAUAUUGACAUUUAAGCUAUCAAAUUAAAUUACAAGUAAAAUAUUACUGUAAUAAUUAACAUGUAAAAACCUAUUACAUAUGCUAAGUCUCCAACACACUCAAUAUUAUUAAAUUCUGAUAUUAAUAUGAAGGAGAAAUAAAUUGAUUUAUAAACUCCAUAGAACUAAUUAAUUAUUACUUUAGAUACUAAUGAUCCAGAAAAUAUGGAACCUAAUAAAAAUUUUGAACUAUUAUUUUCCUCCAACGAUAUUAAUAGCCCUGAUGCAAUACUCAGCCAUACAAAAAAUGAGGCUUUAGAACAUAUCAAAUAUUGUGCUACUUUAAAUAUCAUUCCGAAAUUUAAUGAAUUUCAAAUAGAUGAUGCUUAUCAAUCAUAUAUAAAUGGUUUAAAUUUACCGUCACAGACAAAAAUUUAAAAGGGUUCUUAUAUUUUUUUAAUUGAUCGUAGUGAUUCAAUGGAAGGCAUAAGAAUUGAAAAAGCCAAACAAUCAUUGAUACUAUUUUUGAAGAGCCUUCCAGAUGAUUGUUCUUUUAACAUAAUUUCAUUUGGUAGUGUUGCAAUAAAAAUGUUCGAUAUUGCAUAAGCAUAUAAUUAGCAAACAUUAUAUUAGGCAAUAAUGUAAGUCUAAGAAAUGGAGGCAGAUUUUGGUGGAACUGAUAUAUUUUUAGCAUUAAAAGAAGGAAUUUAUGAUGAAAAUUAUUAAAAAAGCAAAGAUAGUACAGAAACUUUAAAUGUUUUUUUACUAACAGAUGGAGAAGAUUCCCCAAAAGAAAUCAUUAACUUGGUAAUUUAAAAUCAAAGACCUGAAACAAGAAUUUAUACAUUAGGUAUUGGGAAUAAUUGCAGUGAAUAUUUAGUAUCAAGAUUAGCUGAAGUUGGAAAUGGAAAAUGCUUAUUAGUAAGAGAUUACGAAGAUAUUAAUUCUAAAGUAAUUGAUUUAUUAGAAGAUUCCCUUACAUAUUAUUUAAAAGGAUUUUCAUUAAUACAUAAUAUUGAAAAUGUAUCAUAGAUUAUUCCUGAUCCAAAAUCAAUAACUUAACUGAAAAAAAAUUAAUAAUUAACUUUACAAAUUUUAUUUUCAAAGAAACAUAAAAAGGAAAAUUUAGAAUUCAAGAUUAAUUGUUAUGACCCAUAAUUAAAUAAAUAAAUCUCCUUUGAAAUCAAAAUGAAUCUUAAAAGUUCCAUAGAGAAUGAAUAUUUCCAUAAAAUAGCUGCUAAUAGACUGAUAAGGUAUUAUGAAAAAUCAAUCUCCUUAUAUGCUAAACAAAUGGAUAUGAUUAUGAUCAAUCAAAAAUUCCUCAAAGAUUAGGAUAUAAUAAAUUUGUCAUUAUAAAAUCAGAUUAUAUGUUCUAAAACAGCAUAUAUUUGUGAAGCCUGUAAAAAUUAAAAAGUUCUUUAAGCAUUGAUAAAGAAAAAGCUCUUGAUUAGCAAAAGUGAAGAGGAAGAUUAUUAAACUCUAGAAGGUGUAGCUAAUGCAAAAAAGUUUUUUUAUAAAAAAUGUAUUAAUAACUCUAUGGAGAUAAUAGAAACAAAGGAAUUUGUUGAGAUGGAUGAAGAUUCUGUUUUACACAGCUCAACUCAAUCCUUACAAUACGACUAAAAAUAACCCAAUAGAUUACUACCUAAAUAAAGCAUCUAAUUUGCUCUUAAGCCAAAAAUACUUUAGGAGGAUUAUCAGAUGCUAUCAUAUUUUGAAUUAAUUGAUUGCAUUUAAGCAAAUGGUAGUUUUCUUUUAGAAAUUCAUAUCGAAGAAUAAUUAAAAUUAUGCAAAUUAGAUAAUAAAUAUCGUUUACAAGAUAUUUAUUGGUCAACAGUGGUUUCUCUUUUUUAUUUGGAAUUAUUUUGUCAGGAUUCAAAAAGCUCCUGGUAAUUAAUUUAUAAUAAAGCAAUAAAUUACUUAAUAAAGUAAGGAAUUAAUUUUUAUUAAAUAAAAGCAGAGUGCAUCUCAGAUUAUGGAAAAAUUUUUAAGAAUAGAAAAAUUUGA